AUGCAGGUGCAAACGCCACUUGCACAUGGAUUAUCGGGAAUGCCUGCUCCCACUUCGAUGAGUCGGUCUGGACCAUCGUUGGAAAUUUUUGGAAUUUCUGUGGUGGAUGCGAAGAGAAAGGUUUCACCUGAUGAUUAUCUCGCCGAGUGCAUACGGACUCCUUUUGUUACCAUCGACCCACAAUACUUUUGCGAAGCACCCGAUCGAAAAUCACUCACGAGCACUGUUGUCAUGUCUAACUUGAGCCAAUGCUCCAAUUUAGCGGUCCACGGCUCCGAUAUUGCUGGAACGAAUGAGAAUCCUACCUCACCGAACUAUUCCAGUUCCAUCCCAGCCUCUACCGAAACCAGCAGAUCCUCAUCACUCUAUGCUUACCGCAUGGAUCGCUACCUUGCUGAUUCAGAUCACUCUGUCCCUUACACCUCGCCUUUUAUUAUCGACGACGAAUUAUCUAGUACAAGAAACACUGAGCUUCGCAAGGAAGCUAUUGCAGCGGACCUCAAAAGAUACAUUGCUGAGUUUCGUGACUAG